GUCGCGACUCUGCCGUGCGGUGCGGGAGUCAGCGGAGGACGGCUAUGGCUUCCCGGCGGCCCGCGAGGAGGAUCGUCCUCACCGCUCUCUGCCGCGCCUUCUCGGGCCGCGGCUGUCAGCUCGCCCCCGAGCGCGGCGCCGAGCGCAGAGAUGCGGCGCCGAGCCGGGUCUCAAGAUUCUGCCCUCCAAGAAAAUCUCGCCAUGAUUGGAUAGGACCUCCAGAUAAAUAUUCAAAUCUUCGACCUAUUCACUUUUACAUCCCUGAAAAUGAGUCACCACUGGAACAAAAGCUAAGAGAAUUGAGACAAGAAACACAAGAAUGGAACCAACAGUUCUGGGCAGACCAGAAUUUGACUUUUCAUAAGGAAAAAGAAGAAUUUGUUCGCUCAAGACUCAAAGCCAAAGGCCUGGAUCUGAGAACCAAAGCAGGUCAGAAAGCAACGUUGAAUGCAGAAGAAAUGGCUGACUUUUACAAGGAAUUUUUAAGUAAAAAUUUCCAGAAGCACAUGUAUUAUAACAGGGACUGGUACAAGCGUAAUUUUGCCAUCACCUUCUUCAUGGGAAAAGUGGCCCUGGAGAGGAUUUGGAACAAGCUUAGACCGAAACAGAAGACCAGCAGUUAGGAGCCCACCCUCACCCAUCCACCUGGUUCCUCGCCUGAGGUUCCUCGAGGAGCAGCUGUCUCUGGGACUCGUUUCACAAGGGUUCUGAAACCUGUGAGCUCAGGGCAGGCUGGAGGAUGCAGGUCCUGGUACGUACGCCGAGGCCCACGUGGCUCCGUCCUGACUGCGAAUUCCACCCUGGCUCUUGGCCACUGAGAUGAUGGCAAAUAAAACACAAGCACUGUCCUCUGAGUUUUUGAAUUACACCAGUUUGAAAGAGAGGGCUUCCCAAGUGGCUCAGUAGUAAAAGAAUCCACCUCUAAUGCAGGAGACGCACGGUUGAUCCCUGGGUUGGGAGGCUUUCCUGGAGAAGGAAAUGGCAACCUGUUCUAGUGUUUUUGCCUGGAGAAUCCCAUGGGCAGAAGAGCCCCCGGGCUAUAGUCCAUGGGGUCGCAGAGAGCCAGACACGACUGAGCGUACACGCACAAUUUGGAAGAGAGCGAUAUAAAAAUAUUAAUAAACUUUGACUGAAACAUUCGACCCCACUGACGGGAAUGACCUGGAAGCUGGCUGCGGUGUCUCCAUGGCCUCCCCGACCAGUGGGCCCUGGUGACUGGCGACCCCAGGUCCAGGCCCUGAAGACACGCAGCUGUCCUGGGAGUUGCACAGACCCCAGGGGCCCGAAGGGGUGCCUCGGAGUUUUCUCGGUUUACCCCAGUGAGGCAGAGCCUUUUCCCCAAGUUUUCCACAACAGAUUGCUACGGGUCAUAUCCUUCUCUUUCAAUCCUUGUGAAAGCAGUAGGGUUAUGUGGUUAUAAAAUGAUGAGGCUCCCUCUGUGCUGUGUCCUGGAGCCGUGGCGGUGGGCGGGAGGGCUCUCCUCAAGGACAGACGAAACAUCGGGAUUUUACCAAAGGCAAAGGUUUUUAUUCCAAAAUGAGGUGUGACAGUGGUCGACAGGCUAGGUUUCUUCCGUAGCUUACUAACUGCCACCGAAGAUGACCUCCAAGGAGAAAUUCCGGAGCCCAGGGGAAGCACACACACCCCCCCACCCGCACCCCAGGCUUCUAAGGGCCCCGCGGACAGACGUGGGAACACCGAGGUGCCGGGUGAGGCUGUGCAGUCCGUCAGCCCCGUGGACUCUUAACCCACUGUUCACAGAGGUCCCCACGGAGUGGAGCGCGUACACCAAGCAGCCUGAAACACCAGGCUUCCCAGGAAUAACCCCAUCUCACUCAUCAUGCCACCGCUCAACACAGCCCAUCUCUAGCCGGGUGACACCACGGGUCUGUGGAGAGACAGCAGCAGGGCCAGGGGGCCAGGCAGGGCCCUGUCAGUGAGCCUGGAGGCAUGAGCCGCUCUUCGGCCUUUGUUGUUGUUGUUGUUCUCUGGCUUUUAAUUCUUGCUCCCAUCCGGUCAGACUCACUGACUGGCUUUCAGGUUAUUUAAGUCUUAAAUGGGAAAGAUUGAAGUCAGAAGGCGAAGAGGGCAACAGAGAAUGAGAUGGUUGGAUGGCAUCACCGAUUCAAUGGACAGGAACUUGGGCAAACUCCAGGGGGUAGUGAGGGACAGGAAAGCCUGGCCUGCUGCCGUCCACGAGGUCGCAAAGAGUCAGACGCGACUUGCUGACUGGACAGCAACAUGUUCUCCCAACAAGUUCCAGUGGUAUGGUUUCUAAUUCCUUUUGCGGAUCAAUUUUUAGAGAUUUUGAGGGUGUCUUUUCACAGUAACCAGUUGCAAACAGUUACAAGAUCCCUCUUGUUAUGAGUUACCAUCUCUGUGAAGACUGAGGGAGAGCUUGAAAAUGGCCACCUGUGGGCUGGUGAGCGGCCAUGCAGACGCAGGUGUGACCUGAGAUGCCCUCUUCCCUCCGCAGCUCUUCCUGCACGGGUCAUAAUCUGCCUCCUUGGGGCAGGCCUCCUGAGGUUUCAAGGGACGGAACCUUAGGUAAGCUCUGGGCAAGGGUCAGGGGCAAGUAACAGGUGGAAGCCAGAGGUCUCCAGGAACAGGCCCCGUGGGCCUCCACACUGGGGAAAGCCCAGCAGCCAGGGCCGCUGUAUCCCCAGGCUGGGUGCUCAGGGUGGUGGGGCGACGCAGGGCCGGGCAGAGACUGAGGCUCUGGUCCUGCCUGAGCCCCUCGGGGCUGGGGCCAGGAGAUGCUGCUACCCUCAGGGUUUCCAGGAUGCUUCAAGAGUGACUUCGUCACAGCGAGAGAAAAGCGCGUGGACGUCGCCAGAGAAGCCUGCACCCCCGGCAGAGAGGGACCCCUACACACCGCAGCUGGGACCCACCGCCGCCAAAUAAAGAGUGGCUUCAGGAUGAGCCAAAAGCAUGUUCUGUAUUCAGACAAAAAGCAUACGUGGCUCUCAGACUUUGUAAUUAAAAAUUGUGAAAGGCGAGCUUGCUUUGAGAAGGAUCGGAAGCAGCAGCGCCCACAGUGGCCAUGUCCUGGGCUGGGGGGUGGGGAGGGGACGACGGGUGUCUCGACACCCUGUGUCACCCCGGUGACAGGACGGCCAGGGUGGGGGGCGCGGUGCAGGGCACCCCCAGUCCUGGUGCCAGAGUCCCGAGUGGGUCUCCGGGCAUUUGCACUUGACAUAAAUUACAUGGCAGUUAGACACAGGGGACUCGAGAAGCGUUUUAGCAACAUGGGUCUUAAGGGUGGUUGAAAUGCAGUACUGUAUGUUGUCUUUCUGUAAUAAUUUAAUGCCUAGUGGCUACUUGACUGAUGGUGUAAACCGUUUUGCUAGGUUCUUAAAUGCUGAGUGAAAUUAACUAGAAAUGACAGUGCUGUUUUCCUCUUCAGUUCUUAAACAUUUAAAAUUAAAUGAUGGUGUUAAAUGUUACUUUAGGUCACAAAUAAAUGCAAAUAAAAUUUU